AUGGCUGAGAUUCAAUUGUUUAAGACCAGAAUCACGAAUGCAUGCAAGCUGAUCCGUUCAAGCGAGUCAGAUCUCAAGCUUUUAGACAACCCGUUCAUAUUCCCAACUCAAAAGGAGGUAUGCGAGGUGUAUAUAAGAGAAAAGACAGCACAGCUAAACCACUUGAUAACAACGAUCACUAAGGCGAAGCAGCUCCACGAUACCUGUCUUGACAAAGCGAUCGAAACAAUUAGUUCACGAUCGGAGCAGAAGGAUCGAGAAAAGCUGAUGCUCGAGCUUAACAACCACAUGGAGCUCGAAUCAAAUGGUCUGGAAAUCACAAUAAUACAAUGGCUGAGCAAGAUCGACUUCAGAAAGGAAGAGUUGAUGCAGCAAGCUUCAUUCAUAGCGGAAGCCAUUAGCAUUGCCAACCAGGCUGGUAGCAGUCAGAACAAUUCUCACAGCGGAGGUGACACUGUCAAUCCAUACGACCGCAACAUACGAGUUCGACGCCCUCUGCUCGAAGUCCCAACCUUUUCUGGAGACUUCAGGGAGUUCAAUACCUUCUGGUCAGUCUUCGAGUCCCUCAUACACAAAGAUACGGACUUGAGUGACCAAGAAAAAUUCCUUUUUCUGAAACAAGCACUAAAAGGAAAGGCAGCUGCUUCAAUCAACAGCAUUCCAGUCAUUGGUGACAAAUACAGCGUCGCUCUGAAUAUACUUAAGAAACAGUUCGAUAGAUCAUCAGGCAUAGCGGACAUCUUAAUAAACGAGAUUGAGCAUCUGCCUAGGGCACAAGAAAACUCGAGAAGUUGCCGCGAUACACUCAAUGCCAUAUCUUCUCGAAUCGUGCACCUGGAGCAAACUGGAAUGCCAAUGAACGCAGACAGAGUAUGGCGACGCCUUAUUCUCUCAAAAUUCACAGAGAAUAUCUGUAGCCAAGUAAUCAAGAAAGAAAACGAAGGUGGCACAGGAUUCGAAGUGAAGAAUAUUCUUGACGCCGUUGAUGAAAUUAUAACUCUUCAAGAAACUACCGAGCUAACAACAAAGACGCUUGUUCGGUACUCAAACCACGCAAGCCAUGCAGAACAACGCCAGAGGACAUAA